AGGGCAGUGGUGGACUCGACCUGAUCAACAGCGACAAGACCUGCCCACUCCAAGUUGUUCAAAGGGGUGAUGACAAACCUGGCAUUCCUGUCCAAUUUUUUCCUGUAAAUCUCAAAAAAGGUAUCAUCCGCGUCUCUACUGAUUUGAACAUCAUGUUCAAAGACAAGUGGUCAGACAAAGACAAGAAGUGUCCCGAAUCAUCCAUUUGGAAGCUCGAUCACUACCAUCCGUAUGAUCCAUUGAAGAGAGAGUACUUCAUUAUGACUGGUGGAGUUGUAGGAAAAGCCGGGCUUGAGACGCUAGGAAACUGGUUCAAGAUUCAGAAAAUUGAAAAAUCCGGUGGCUACAAGCUCGUGCAUUGUCCCAGUGUGUGCCCGCAUUGUAAAGUUGUCUGUAAAGAUGUUGGAAUUUAUGUCCAGAAUGGGCACAAACGCUUGGCUCUAAGCAAUAUUCCAAUGAAGGUUACAUUUAAGAAGGCAUAAAGGAGUAUCCACUCCAGGGUGGGAGCAACUAAGUGACGCAUGCUUUAUCUAAAACAUGCGACAUAUGGUGGUUUAAAAGAAUAAUAUGUGUGCUACUAUGUAAUUUCAAUAACAUGUUAAAUACAUGCUUGUCUUUUUCACUAAAGUUGUAUAAAUAAGACUCGUUUUCAUAA